UAACCCCUCCCGUUGAUAUUGUCCUAUUAGCUUAGAAUCCACCUGCAUUUUCAUUUCGAUCUUCGUAAAUCUCUCUGGCAAGCUGUUUUCCGGUGACCAGAAGUUCCCAAGAAGCUGUUUUCUGUCUUCCUCCCUCUGGCAUCUGUUGCAUCUUUCUCUGAAACAAUGGCAGUCCUGCACGGUGCUGGCCUUCCCCCAGUCUCUGCAAUUGGGUUUGAGGGAUAUGAGAAGCGCCUCGAGAUCAGCUUCUCUGAGGCGUCCGUCUUUGCUGAUCCCAAUGGAAUGGGCUUGCGCGCACUCUCGCGUGCCCAGAUUGACUCUGUCCUUGACCUUGCGCGGUGCACCAUUGUGUCUGAGCUAUCAAAUGAAGACUUCGACUCUUAUGUCUUAUCUGAAUCGAGCCUGUUUGUGUACCCUUACAAGAUUGUGAUCAAGACAUGUGGGACUACCAAGCUUCUGCUUGCCAUUCCGAGGAUUCUUGAGCUUGCUGAGGAGCUAUCACUGCCGCUUGCUGCUGUUAAGUAUUCUCGUGGGACAUUCAUAUUCCCUGAUGCACAGCCUUCCCCACACAAGAACUUUGCUGAUGAGGUUGCCUUCCUGAACCGCUACUUUGGUGGUCUCAAGUCGGGUGGCAAUGCUUAUGUGAUCCGAGAUCCUGCUAAGCCCGGGCAGAAGUGGCACAUCUACUAUGCCACCCAGCACCAUGAGAAGCCUGUGGUUACUCUUGAGAUGUGCAUGACUGGGCUGGACAAGAAGAAAGCUUCUGUCUUCUGCAAAACCUCUGCUGAUGGCCACGCAUCCUGUGCUAUGGAGAUGACCAAGCUCUCUGGUAUCUCAGACAUAAUCCCAGAGAUGGAGAUUUGUGACUUCGAUUUUGAGCCCUGCGGCUACUCUAUGAAUGCCAUCCAUGGCCCUGCUUUCUCGACCAUUCAUGUGACCCCUGAGGACGGCUUCAGCUAUGCAAGCUACGAGGUCAUGGGUUUCAACCCUGCUUCUUUCGCUUAUGGUGACCUGGUUAAGAGGGUGCUGAGAUGCUUCGGCCCGUCUGAGUUCUCUGUUGCAGUGACCAUGUUUGGUGAGAGGGACAAUGCAAAGACCUGGGGGAAGAAGCUGGAUGUUGAGGCCUAUGCUUGCAACAACAUGGUUGAGCAGGAGCUGCCAUCUGGUGGUUUGCUCAUUUAUCAGAGCUUCACUGCUACUGGGGAAGUUGCGAUUGGGUCACCAAGAUCUGUAAUUCAUAGCUUUUCUGAUGUGGAGGAUGAGUCGAAGAAUGGUAAUUCUGACGCUCUUCUGUGCUGGGAAGCGGAUGCUGUGGAGGAAACAGAUGGGAGGGAAGCGAAGAAGAUGAAAUGUUGAUGCUAGGGGAGGGAAGCGAAGAAGAUGAAAUGUUGAUGCUAGGGUUGUGCUGUACUGAAGAUUGAAGAGAAGACGACCCGAGAUUUCUGUUAUAAUUUAGAGUUGCUGCCCUUGGUUAUUCAUACGGUGUGUUAGCACAUGCUUAUUUUGAAUAAAAUGCUCUAGGUGGCCAGCUUUGUCUGCCACAAUGAGCAGAUGUACUGAUAUGGUUUGUGUAAAAACCCCGUAUGAAUCUAAAUAAAGUCUCUGUUUGAAGGCAA